GUGGACGCUACCAUCCGGUCUCGGGUCAGAGUUCAUUAAAAGUCUGCAGUGCGUGUUUCGCUUCUGCCGGGUUUUUAAUUUCUUUAUUUUGGAAUAGGUGGUCUUUCGUUUUAAUUCCUUCAGAAAGAUGGCCUCAGAUUCAGGCUACGGUCAGCCUGGCGCUCAACAGAGCUACGGAUCUUAUGGUGGAUCCCAGGCCUAUCAAAGUGGAGCACAGGGCUAUGGUCAGGGUAAUGGGAGCGGCUCUUACACUGGACAGAGUUACAGUGGUUAUGGACAGCCCAGUGGAGAGAGUUUUGGCCAGUCGACUCAGGGUUACUCCUCUAGUGGUUAUGGUCAGCAGCAGCCUCAACCUCCGGCGCAGCAGGGCUAUGACCGAUCCGAAUCCUCGUCCAGCAGUUAUGGUGAUAAGUCGUAUGGACAGCCGAGGUCUUAUGGACAGCCGUCAGCAGGAGGUGCUGCUGGAGGAGCGUACGGCCAGUCCAGUGGAUCAUACCGCGGCGCUCAAGGUGACAGCCGGAGGUUUGGUGAUGAGGGUGGCUCGGACCGGUCGGAGGGUUUCCGGGGCAGAGGUCGUGGGGGUUAUGACCGCGGAGGCUUUGACCGAGGUGGCCGGGGCGGCCCACCCUCCGGUAUGGGUGGUGGUGACCGUGGUGGCUACAAAAAUUACGGUGGACCCAGAGACUACAGUCAAAAGGAUGAUGGAGAUAGCAAUCAGGAUAACUCAGACAAUAACACCAUCUUUGUCCAAGGUCUCAGUGAAGACAUCACCCCUGACGAAGUGGGUGACUACUUCAAACAGAUAGGAAUCAUUAAGAUCAAUAAGAAGACCGGCAGUCCUAUGAUCAAUCUGUACACUGAUAAAGCCACCGGACGACUGAAGGGUGAAGCCACAGUGUCCUUUGACGAUCCUCCCUCUGCUAAAGCUGCCAUCGAAUGGUUUGAUGGAAAAGAGUUCAAAGGAAAACCCCUCAAGGUGUCGUUUGCUACCAGAAGAGCUGAAUUUACCCAGAGAGGAGGAGGAGGAGGAAGUGGAGGUGGUGGGGGACGAGGACGCGGCGGUUUUCGAGGCAGAGGAGGCGGCUUCGGUGGAGGUCCCUCGUUUGAUGUCAAGGGUGGAGACUGGCCGUGUCCCAACAGCUCUUGUGGCAACAUGAACUUUGCUAGAAGAUAUGAGUGCAACCGCUGUGGAACGGCUAAGCCUGAUGGAGAUGGCUUUGGAGAUGAUCGUGGGGGUCGAGGCGGGUACGGAGGAGACCGUGGAGGAUUCAGAGGCGGCAGAGGAGGCGGAGGCUUCAGGGGUGGAGACCGCGGGGGAUAUAAAAUGGGCGGAAGGGGAGACCACAGAGAGGAGAGACGAGGCCGGCCGUACUGAAGCGUUCCUGACCGCUGGUUACUGUGGGGUGGGGUGAGGGGGUGCGGGGAGAGGUUUGUGUCUGCAAUCCUUUCUGAUGCAUGAGCAUAUACUGUCUGAAACGAGCAGUUUUUUCCAUAAAUGUUGAAUCUACUCUGAGGGGAUGAAUUGGACCCCUGGAGUGGCAGCACUGUCCACAGAUCAGCUUUAAAGGGUCAUCUUGCUCUGGGUGAAAGGGGAGGGGCCAGAUAUUAUUUUUGUUACUUUUUAAUUUCCUGACUUGCAGAAUCCGGCAUCUAGUGUGAUUAGAUUUGUGAAAUGCUUAUUGUUUUGUAAAAAUCAACUCAAACUGUUUUACUGGUUUCUUUUCGUUUUUGAUUUCUCUUUUUGCAAAAAAUAUUAAACACCCUUUUGAUCUUAA